AGGCAACGAGUACUAGUCAAUCAGAGGCAGAGUAGGGCGGGUCAUGCCUUCGGCUUCUUGGGAAACGCAAUUUUGCGUGCGGCGCAAGUAACCCAAAACAUCCAUUCAUAUAACUCGAGCGAUAAGAAACUGAAACUGAUAAAGAAGCAUUAUAUUCCACGGCGAUGUGACCAAGGGUUCGUUUGCUUUGAACUAGCUAUCUCUUGAGUGAAGUUCCCCCAUCCAAAGACAUGGCAGAGCAAGACCCAGAUCACCACCACACAACAGAAUGCAAGGACGAAUCAUCAGCUGAGUUAAAACAGUGGAAGACUGAUAUUUCUCCAAAUGAAGAGCAGCAACUCUCCGUAGAUUCCGCUUCAUCAUCUGCAUCCACAAACAGAGAGACUAACGACAAUGGUGAAGACGUGGAGCAGUCUGACGUUAAAAACGGUGAUUCAGCUGAAAAGAGGACAGGGCCUCUUCCAGAACGGUCUUCACCCUCAGAUGAGGACGCAGCGCGGAAGGUGAAGGAGAACAGCACGUCACUUGAUGAAGGAAGUCAUGGUGAUUACAAGAGCAAGACACCAGGGAACGAGCCAUCGACCACGCCAGCUGAAGAGAUCUCCAAAGGCAAGGAAGAAGAAACACAGUCCACAAACAUUGAUCAUGCCUCAUCAUCUGAGUUAAAACAGUGGAAGACUGAUAUUUCUCUGAAUGAAGAGCAGCAACUCUCCGUAGAUUCGGCUUCAUCAUCUGCAUCCACAAACAGAGAGACUAACGACAAUGGUGAAGACGUGGAGCAGUCUGACGUUAAAAACGGUGAUUCAGCUGAAAAGAGGACAGGGCCUCUUCCAGAACGGUCUUCACCCUCAGAUGAGGACGCAGCACGGAAGGUGAAGGAGAACAGCACGUCACUUGAUGAAGGAAGUCAUGGUGAUUACAGGAGCAAGACACCAGGGAACGAGCCAUCGACCACGCCAGCUGAAGAGAUCUCCAAUUCGGCUUCAUCAUCUGCAUCCACAAACAGAGAGACUAACGACAAUGGUGAAGACGUGGAGCAGUCUGGUGUUAAAAACGGUGAUUCAGCUGAAAAGAGGACCGGGCCUCUUCCAGAACGGUCUUCACCCUCAGAUGAGGACGCAGCGCGGAAGGUGAAGGAGAACAGCACGUCACUUGAUGAAGGAAGUCAUGGUGAUUACAGGAGCAAGACACCAGGGAACGAGCCAUCGACCACGCCAGCUGAAGAGAUCUCCAGAGAAAACUACACCGGGGAGAAGAAGAAAGCACCAGAAACAACCAGCCCCCCAGCCCUGGGUGUCAGAAAUGAUGAUCAAGUAGAUCUACAUAAUGAAGAAAGCCCAGACCCUAACAACACUGAAGCUGGAAAGGAUGAUGGAAGCAGCCCGAAGACAGAUUUAACUCCUGAGGAAGAAAAGGAUAUACAGGAUAACACCUCCCCACAGAGAAAGGAAAAGGUUGAUGUUCCUACGGCUCAGGAGUCUGCUCAUGCUCAACAUGCACUUCCAGAGGUUAUUGGAAAUCAAGCAGGAAGUAUAAUGUGCCUGAUAGGUAUUUUGGUGGUAGUUGUUGCCUUGCUGGUGCCGCAUCUCCAACCCGAAUCUCCACCUCAGGAAGAAGAUGUGCGGCAAAUAGACAUCUUCCUCAGGCAGUUGGAAAAAGUAAAGACUCAGUUUCCUAACCAGCGUGCUGAGCUCUGGAAUAGGAGCAAGAUCCACCUGCUGAGGCACCUCCAGUCAGCCCAGCCCACAGAGCCGGUCAGUCUGAUCCUGACUGCAGGCCACAAAGCUGAGACCACACUGCGCUGCCUGGCUCAGGGGCUGGCCUCCGCCUUCUCGUCUGCCCUCAACGCCUCCGUCCUCCACAUCGAUGGAGCCAGCAAAGCCAGCCAGGACAGCGACCAGGUCAAACUGGACAUCGACAGCAAGCUGCAGGGAGCUUUCGAAGGAGACAAACCCGUGGCUGUCAUUGAGCGCUUCGAAGAGCUGCCUCCGGGCUCCACCCUUAUUUUUUAUCGCUACUGCGACCACGAGAACGCCGCCUACAAGAAGACGUGUCUGAUCUUCACAGUACUGCUGGGGGACGAAGAGGAGAUUCCUGCCGAGACUCGUUUGAGUACCGUGGAGGAGAUGGUUGACGACCAUCUGCAGAAGAAGUUCCUUUCGGAUGGCCAUCCAGUAUCUUUUGACAGGAUGGACCUUGAUAAGUACGGUGGACUGUGGAGUCGUAUUUCUCACCUCAUCCUGCCUGUGGCAGCAGAGGAAAGGAUAGAACAUGAAGGGUGCUAGGACAUUAAUACUCACUCUUGUUAGAGCUUUUAGUCUAAGCACUUACUGUAACUACUGUCCGCUUUCUCACUGGUUGACUCUGGUCAUUCUUGGGCUAGUAGCAGUGUUUUUAAAGACCCAAUGGUUUCUUACAUAUAAUAUAUUGAAGAAAGUAGAAAUAAGACACUUAAUAUUAUGCCGAUUAUGAUAUAGGAUGUUUGUAAAAAAGAAUCUGUGGAUAUUGAUUGUGAAAACCCCCCCAGCUAUGGUGCUUUAUUCUUGUAGUACUUUGAUCAAAUGUAAUUAUGGAUAAAUUGCAACGUGAUUCAACUGGGCGGUUUGUGGAUUUUACAUCACAAAGAGUUACAAGACAAGAACAAUUUGUUUGGUAUCUCAACAACUGGUUAAUUGUUUUUUUAUGACAAAUGUCUUUUCUGUGAUUCUCAAACCUACAUGGCACCACAUGCCUUAACUGAACUCCCCAUGUUGUUGUUUUUUUUUUUAUAAAUACAUAGUUAUCCCACUACAGGAAGGAGUUUGAUGAUAAAAUAAGUGCAUAAAUUGAAUGUGCCUUAAAGUCUGAAUAAACAAGCCAAUUCAAAUGC